AUGGAUGUUCCUCAACGUUUUUGUGUUCGAUGGAACUCUUACAAAUCCAAUUUACAAACUGCAUUUCCCAAAUUAUUGACUAGUGAACAUUUUGUCGAUGUAACAUUGGCAUGUGAAAAACAGUUUAUCAAGUGCCACAAAAUCGUUUUAUCUGCCUGUAGUGUUUAUUUUGAAAAAUUACUAAUUAAUAAUCCCUGUCAACAUCCAAUUAUAUUCAUGAAAGAUGUCGAAUUUUGGGAAAUCAAGGCUUUAGUCGAAUUCAUGUACAAAGGUGAAGUGAAUGUGUCACAAAAUCAAUUAGACAGCUUGUUAAAAUCUGCAGAGAGCCUUCAAAUCAGGGGACUUUCAGGUACUAAACAAUUUGUUAAUUUCGAACAAAGUGACAAUGUACAAGAAGAUAGUUUUAGUGAAUAUAAUCAUCAUAAACUGAGUAAAAGUGAUACCGAAGAAGAUGAUGAAGUGACUGGGAAAAAAUUAAAAAAAACACAAAACGAAGACAAAUACGUUCAGAUAACAUCUUAUAAGGAGGAGGAAGAUGAGAGCGUGUUGCCUGAAAAUUUCCAUAAGACAAUAGAUGAUGAAUAUAGGGUUAUUAAAGAAGAAACCAUCGAAAUAGACGAUUAUGAUUAUGAUACAUCGUGUUUGGAACAAGGUGAAGAAGACGAUGAUGAGGAUGACGAAUUAUACAAUCAAGAGAUUUUUUAUCCAGAUGGUAGCAAUUUACCUGGCACUAGUGGAAUAACAGGUAUUAAAAACAUUUUCCUUUUUUCCCCCCCUCCCCCCCAAUCAGAAAACAACAAUAGUUCAGUUUUUACUAUAAUGAUAGUUACUUAUUGA